UUUGAGAAGGACAAAAUGGUCCAGUCGGUCACGGUGGGUGCGUGAAAAUUGGAAGCGAAGGGCACCGGAAGUACUAGUAGAACACCAGCAUAUACGAGGGAAGACACGGAGAUAGAGAGAGAGAGAGAGAGAGAGAGUGAGAGAGAAAUGCUGGCGAGGAGGUUGAUUUCGUUGUUCAACAAGAGCUCCUCAGCAUCACAGUUUUCCAGUUCGGCAAAGACUGUGGAUGAAGGAAAGAGCUCGUUUGGUCGUAAAGCAGUGUCUUUUCUUCUGAUUACUACUACGGGAGGUGUAGCCUUGAGCGCUCUUAAUGAUCUUGUUAUUUAUCAGAGCUGCAGCAGCAAGGCCAUGGAGAAAGCCAGUAAGAACCCGGCUAUCAUAGAAGCUAUAGGGGAACCUAUUGUGAAGGGCCCAUGGUACAAUGCAUGGCUUGCAGUAGCUCAUAAGAGGCAUUCUGUAUCUUGCACAUUUCCUGUUUCCGGACCACGAGGUGGGGGAGUCUUGGAGGUGAAGGCUGUACGUAAUGGAGAUGACACCUGGCUUUCAUAUCUCAUACCUCGUGAUUGGGACAUCCUAAUCAUUGAUGCCCUUGUUCAUGUUCCUGAAAAUGAAGUGAAGCAGCAAACAAUGCGGAUCGGUAUAUGUGACACCCCUGCUCCAGCUUGCACGGCAUGCACCGGUUGUAGCACUCAAGAAUCAGUGAAUCCAGAGAAGAAAUAAAGUAAUAAACACAUCAGUAAGCAAGAGUAUUUGCCCAUAUAAAUUCUCCUUUUCACAUAAACCUUCGUACAGAGUGGUACAAUAGUAGAAACUUUUCGCACUGAAUUACACUUGAGCAGAGUAUUUUGCCUAGUAGAAGGAGACACAGAGCUUUGGUUGUAGUUAUUCAUUGCAGCCCAUCUCAGUUUUUUCUUGAGGAAGCUUUUGGUUUUUAAUCUUGGGCCGGGUUUGAGAAAGUUGAGUUGGGAUGGACUGACCAAA